AUGACGAUGAGGAAGCUCUACCUCGAGCUGCAGCAGCAACACCCGUACGACAACGACGGUGUCCCGUUCAUUGUCCGGAAUAACAAUAGCUACUACUAUCGCCUGCAUCAGUGGACACGGCUGCCGGGGGGGCUGCGCAAGGUGGAAGGACAAACGCCGGUGCCGGAGCCGCUGCUCCAUGGGUCAUUGGCGGCGGCGGCGGCGGCGGAAGGGACCACAGGCCCGUGGGUCAUUCAGAUCGUGGAUCUUAUCGAGGCUCAGCGAAGGGUUUUCCUUGCGAAGCGGAUAUUGUGUUUCACGAUGUUUUGCGCGAGGAGGGGCGUGGCCUUUGGAGGUUCGCCGACCCGGCAGUCGGUCGCGCCAAGGGCGCUGGUGUAG